AUGACUACGGUACAAAACGAACCAGUCAAAAGGCCCAGAAAACGGUUUGUUGGGACAAAACGCGGCGAUCACGUCAGCACGGUAACGGAGGAGCAGGGCAACGAAAUAGUGACGAAACCAAGAGCCAGAACAAAUGUGAGACGGGCCGUAAAUCAAAUCCCAGAUGAUAUCCUACAGGACGCGGCCCUCAACGAGGCUAUCAAGUUACUACCGUCGAACUAUAAUUUUGAAAUACAUAAGACUGUGUGGAACAUCAGAAAGCAUAAUGCAAAAAGAGUUGCAUUGCAGAUGCCAGAGGGUCUUCUCAUCUAUGCUUUGGUGGUGAGCGACAUUUUAGAGCAGUUUUGUAAUUGCGAAAGUGUGGUGAUGGGUGACGUUUCCUAUGGGGCAUGCUGCAUCGACGAUUUCACCGCCAGGAGUCUGGACUGCGACUUCAUCGUUCACUACGCGCACUCUUGUUUGGUGCCAAUCGAUCUCACGCAAAUUAAGGUACUGUAUGUGUUUGUGACCAUCAACAUCGAUGAGACUCAUCUCAUCAAGACUUUACAGAAGAAUUUUGCCAGUGGCUCCAAAAUAGCAACGUUUGGUACCAUUCAGUUCAAUCCUACCAUCCAUAGUAUCAAAGAAAAGCUUCUACAGGGUGAAAACGUUCUGUACAUCAUCCCUCCUCAAAUAAAACCACUCUCAAAAGGAGAAGUCUUGGGCUGCACUUCUCAAAGACUGGAAAAGGACCAGAUAGACGCUAUGGUAUACGUGGGAGAUGGAAGAUUCCAUCUAGAAAGUGCGAUGAUACACAAUCCAGACAUACCGGCCUUCCGUUACGAUCCCUAUAGCCGUAAGUUCACCCUCGAAAAGUAUAAUCAGAAACAAUUGGUGCAGGUUAGAGCCGAGGCCCUCAGCACUGCUAAGAAGGGAAAGACAUUCGGACUUAUCUUGGGUGCUUUGGGUCGCCAAGGAAACUUGGCUACUGUGAACAACUUGGAACAGAAAUUAAGGGCCACUGGAAAAAAUGUGUGUCGAAUCAUUCUGAGCGAGAUUUUUCCUCAGAAAUUGGCCAUGUUUGAUGACAUAGAUGUCUUCGUUCAGGUUGCCUGUCCCAGACUGUCCAUUGAUUGGGGUUAUGCGUUUAAUAAACCACUACUCACACCAUAUGAGGCCAACGUCUUGUUAGAACAGGAUCGUAUGUUCAGUGAGGAUUUUUAUCCUAUGGACUACUAUGAAUCAAGUGGCUAUGGCCGGGGUAAAACUCCAAUUCGUUAG